CGCACUUCUGCGAAGCGUAAUAUGGCGUCUACUACGUGCGUACUUGACUACGCAAGGCCUGCCUGUAUGCCUGCAGCCAGUGAUGGCACCGAGACCGAUAACAAUAGCAUCGAUACCUCCGAAUUUCCAGCCGAUGCUGUUCAAUAUCAAGCUUUCCUAGAGUACUAUUGCGUUUGCGGGUAGACUGAUUAGUACGUGCGAGUUUAGUAUCGAUGCGUAUCAGCCGCUUCUAACUUGAAAUAUUCUCGUCGCUACCUCAAAUCAUCGAGAAAUACCGCUCGCGUGUGAGAACCACGGCGGCGAGUGACGUAAUUGCAUAUAAGAGCAGCGAAUAACAUUCACAAAACUGAAGGCAUAAAUUUCCGAUACCGGGUAGCCGUAUCUGCGAACUUGCCAAGAAACAGCUGAUUAAUUGCUGGCAAUGUUACAAACAGGAUUGCUGCGUCGCGCGACUUCCGUCAAAGAUUUUACGAUCCGUCAAUUGUCUUCCAAGCGUUUUAAAGUUGUCGCCACAGGUGCGACGCUAUUUUCCGUUAGCUAUGCUCUUUUACCUUCAGACAGGAAGAAAGAUGUCAAAUGCAUCGUGGGAAGUUCGAUUAGAUUUGCAAGAUCAAUUAGAAUCGGCGUGACGAUAUCCAUGGAUUAUUUGAUCGGUCCUAUAAUCGGUUAUACGGAUUCAGAAAUUCAUCAAAGGUCCGCCGAUCGACUCGUGCACGGAUGUAUGCAGAAUGGUGGAAUUUAUAUAAAAGUUGGGCAAGGCUUAGCAGCAGUCAAUCACAUUUUACCAAAGGAAUAUAUCGAGACCUUGUCGGCAUUACAAGACAAGUGUUUAACCCAGAAGAAGAGCGAAGUGGACGAAAUAUUUCUGCAAGAAUUUGGCAAAAAACCCGAGGAAAUGUUACGCGAGAUUGAGUCUGAGCCAGUUGCAGCUGCCAGUUUAGCUCAGGUGUACAAAGCUGUAACUCUGGAUGGAGAUAAAGUGGCGAUCAAAGUACAAUACAUGAAUCUCCAAGAUCGAUUCAUAUCUGACUUGAAAGGGAUAGUUUACCUACUAAAAGCUAUUACAUAUGUGCACCCGAAGUUCGAUUUGCAUUGGAUAUUUGCGGAAAUUAUUGAUAGGUUACACCUGGAGUUGGAUUUCGAAAACGAAGGAAGAAAUUCAGAACAAUGCGCUAAAGAUCUAAAGAAAUUCAAGUAUGCAUAUGUGCCAAAAGUUUAUUGGAAUCUUAGUACUAAGCGAAUUCUUGUAACUGAAUGGAUCGAUGGUGUCAAAAUAACGGACGUAAAAGGCAUCAAAGAUCAAGGUUUAAAUCUCGCAGACGUUGACAAAAAACUAAUCACACUAAUGGGAGAACAAAUAUUUCACACUGGAUUUGUGCAUGCUGAUCCACAUCCAGGAAACGUUUUUGUGAGGAAGGGAAAGGACAAAAAGGCAGAAAUAGUGCUACUAGAUCAUGGCUUGUACGAGAACAUGUCGGAGAACACAAGGCAUAUUUUGUGCAAUUUUUGGGAAUCAUUAGUUUUAAGAAAUGACGUUUCCUUGCAAGCCCUUGCGAGUGAUUUGAACGUGGACGAUUAUGUAUUGUUAGCAGAAAUGUUAACUCAGGCACCAUAUAAAAUUUCGUUUACAUCACCCUCAGGUAAUAUGACACUAGACGAGUAUAUGCAAAAACGAGCGCAGGAACGAUUCGAUAAAAUAUCAACUGCGUUGAAAUCAAUGCCUAAGACCAUGAUGUUAGUGAUAAGAAACUUGAAUACAGUACGCGCCAUUAUCAGAGAGCAUGGUGACAUUAUUAAUCGAUACAAGAUAAUGGCAAGAAUCGCAACACGUGGGAAAUAUCAAGUUGCAAAUCAAAGCUUUUACAAGAAUAUUGCAGGCCUUUACAGCAUUGUCAGAUUUGAAUCUCUCAUCAUGUGCAACAAUUUUUUCCAAUGGAUAUCUAAACUUUACCUAACUCUCUUGGAAUUUCUCGGUUAUGAUGUUACAUCAGUUACGCAAAUGCUUUAA